GUACUGGACUCAGUCUAGUGGAGGCUGUGGUAGUUGUGGUCCAUACUUAAGGAGUAUGUCUUAAUCCCCCUGUUUUCAAUAUGGACCCCACCCCUGCCCUCAUCAGUACCUGGUGUCUCUGAGUACAAAUCCUUUCAAAUCCAGUCUCCUCAGAAAAUAAAUCUUUUGUUUUCUGCUAUAAUAAGGGAGGGACAGAUGCCUGGCUGAGGGGUAGGGAUCUUGAAGGUUAACUAUUUAUAUACAAAAAUUUCAAGAUAUCGUCCUAUUUGGUCCUAGCCAGAACUGCCCCGUCCUUUUAGAGAUACCUGAGGUAUUUCAGAGUUCUGUGGCCAUGGUGACAUAGUGGUUAAGAGUUUGACUGCUAACCAAAAGGUCGGCAGUUUGAAUCCACCAGCCACACCUUGGAAACUGUAUGAGGGCAGUUCUCCUCUCUCCUAUAGGGUCGCUAUGAGUUGGAAUCAACUUGAUGGCAACAGGUUUGGUGGCACAAAUCAGCUUGCUUCUUACUGGCUUUUUCCUUAGUAGCUUAGGUUUCAACUUUCUCGAAUCUGCUUCAUCAGUUACCACACACUCAUUUAUUUUGUCAGUUCCCAAAAUUUUGUUGACAUCUCUCAUCUGCUGCUGUUUCCUCUUCUGUACUCUUGGCUUUUUGGGUUUCAAUUGUAAAUUACCUUCCUGCUGUUUUAGAGAGAUUUGGUGGGGAACAGAUAUAAAAGAAUAUGUUUACUCUGCUAUGCUUAACUAGAAGUAUUUUACAAUCCCUUUUUUAAAAGGAAAAAGUACACAUAUAUCUGCAAAGAACAAAAAUAUCUACACUAAACUUGUUAGCAGAGGUCAUCUCUGGGUGUUGAGAUAAUGGAUAGCUUUUAUUUUUAUUGCCUAUGUUUUCCAAAAUUUUCUACAGUAAGAUACUUAGUAAUUAGAAAACAAUGAUCCAAAUAAAAAGAUUUUGUAAUAUAGAUGUAUUAGUUAUACAUAUAACUAGUUAACCAUAUAAAAUUAGCAUAUUAUGGCUAUUAGUUUCAGAUCUACCUAUUAGGAGGUACCAUAUGAAAUUGCUUGUUUUUGUAGGUAAAAAGAGGUUAGCUAUCAGCAAUUUCACGUGGUUGAAUCUAUUAAACCUAAUAUAGUGCAGAAUUCAGGUGUGGACAGUGGCUGGAGAUGAGAGUCAUUGCUUAGGCAGAGCAGAACCAAAAUGAAGAGAGGAGACUGCUGGAAGGCUCUGUCUCAGUGUUACUACCAUGCAGUCUGUAACUUUAUUGCAUGUGCUGUUCUGUAAGAGUCAUUCUUGAUAGGGCCCAUUGGCUAAAGAGAUUCAUGCCCUAACCUGGUUAUCAGGAACACGUUGUUUUGAAUAAGAAUGAUAAAAAGCAAAUAGGCUUAUUUACUUCAUUUCUCCCUUAUUGGUGUUUCCAAAACAUUUUGCAUAUCUCUGUAUUGGUGAAUUCCCUGGAUGGCACAUGCCUUUUUUUCCCACCUCCUAGAUGGUAAAACUCUUUGAAGGCAGGGAUCCUCAUCUUGUUGGUCGUUAUGAACUGUCUGGGGGAAUAUUGUUCACUUUGUCACACACUGUUUUCUCUAUUAUCUUAGAUACCUAGUGUUGCUAUAACAGAAAUCCACAAGUGGGUGGCUUUGAAGAACAGAAGUUAGUUUAAUCACAGUUCUGGAGGCUAGAAGUCCAAAUCAGGGUCUUGGCCAUGUCAGUUCCUUCCCAGUAGGUAGUCCCGGGCACUUUUUCGUUCCUUGGCUUGUAGAUUUUCUCACAUGGCCUCUGUGGGUGUGCGCCUCUGUGUUUAUUCUGGUUUUCUUAUAAGGAAGACGUGAUUAGAUUUAGGAUCCACCCAACACUGGUAUGAUCUCAACUGAUUGAUUAUAUUACAUUAGCUUGAAUUAUGGAAGAUGAUUGCAUUACAUUAGGCUUCAUUGGAAUGUGAUUACAUGACAUUAGAUGUAUGGCAAUUACAUUACCUUAGAGUUGGAAUUGACGGCACACAACAACAACAUUCAUGGGUAUAGGGGCUAGGAUUCCAACACAGUUCAAUCCAUAACAUCUAUAAAUAUUCAUGAAAGAAAUUUCUCUCAGGUUUAAGCAUUAGGAGAGGGAAAGCCUCCACUGAGCAAAUGGCUUAUUUUAUGAGCACAGUAAAAUAUAUGACAGAUUGUAUUCUCCCUCUUUGCAUUGGCUGCUAGGAAGUUCAGAGCCACAAUUCUCACACAGUUCUAAGCUAUGUCUUCUUGAAAUCUCUUCUUAGAUGUCUCAUGGUCUUUGUAUUCAUUUCCUAUCGCUGUUGUAAAAAGUUACCACAAACUUAAUGGCUUAAAACAAAAUGAAUUUAUUAUCUUACAGUUCUGGAGGUCAGAAGUCUGAAAUCAGUUUUGCUGAGCUAAAUCAAGGGGUCUGCAGGCCUGCAUUCCUUUUGGAGUCUUUAGGGGAGAAUCUGUUUUCUUGCCUUUUCCAGCUUCUAGAGGCUGCCUGUGUUCCUUGGCUUGUAGUUCCUUUCUGCGUCUUCAAAGCCGGCAGUGUAGCAUUGUCACCACACUUCACAUGUGGCGCUUCUGCCUGAGACUCUUCUCUCUAGACUCUUCCCUGAUCCUUGUCAUCUUUUGGUCUCAGCCAAAAUGUCUGCUCCUCCGAGAAGCCUUUCCACACUACCUCAUUUAAUUAGGAUCCUCCUCACCCCACCUCACACAAAUUUUUCUUUACUGCCUCACCUUUUUACAUAGUCUUUAUAGCACUUAUCAUUAUUGAUAAUUUCUAAGAUGUUGAUUACUUUAUAUAAUUUAUCUUCUCUAUCAGAUUGUUCAUUUCAUAAGAUCAGGGCUGUUUUUGUUUUGUUCAUCAUUGUAUAUGAUGCUUCAUAAAUAUUUGGCACUGGAUAAGGGAGUCCUGGUGGCAAAAUGGUUAAGCUCUUGGCUGCUAACUGAAAGGUUGGUGGUUCGAACCCACCCAGUGGCUCUGUGAAAGAAAGACCUGACCAUCUGCUUCUGUAUAGAUUAUAGCCAAGAAUACCCUACGGGGCAUUUCUACUCAGUCACAUGAAGUUGCUAUGAGUUGGAAUCGAUUUGACGGCACCCAACAACAACAGGUGCUGGAUGAAUGUAUUGGAGGCAUUUUAUGUAUUAUCCUUACCCUGACUUCAUCUUACUUUUUUGCUUUCAUUUUCCCUUGGUCCUGAUUUUCUUACUUUCUGUUGUAAUCAAGGACCAACUCACAACCCCCAGGAUCUGCAGUAAGUAGAGUUACCUCUGCUACUGCCUUUCCUUACAUUAGUACUGUGUGUUAUAGGUAGAAGAAAAGUUUUCAGCUAGUAGUUAUCUACCCAGGGAAUGUGAGGAUUUACCCUGGAAUUCCAGAACAGACCUUGGGCUGUCUAGAGGGAAAGCCAGGUUGACUUUCUGGAUGGAGAAUCAAAAUUGCUCUGCAUAAUGAUGUAAAAAGCAUUAUUAUUACUCAUUGGAGCAGAGUGCAUUCUUAGCGAGUUUAAUCUGAUGCUAGCUGAAUUUUUCUCCCUCUGGCAAGGGUUGGCUGGGAGCCCUGGUGGUGCAGUGGUUAAGAGUUCACCUGCUAACCAAAAGGUUGGCAGUUUGAAUCCACCAUCCAUUCCUUGGAAACCUUAUGGGACGGUUCCACUCUGUCCUAUAGGAUCGCUAUGAGUUGCAAUUGACUUGAUGGCAGUGGUUUUUUUUUUUUUGCAAGGGCUGGAAAUAAAAUAAAUUGGGAGCCUUAGACUCUAAGGAAGAAGGACAAGUUCAGAGCUCUGCUGUUUGUAGGAGGUGAUCAGCGCCCUUAAAAUUAGUAGGGUGUGAGCAUGUGAUGGAAUCCCUCAGGAUAGAGAUGGGGGUACACUGGGAGAAAGAGGUCUUUAGCUCUUUUCUUCUCUCCCGAACUCUGGCCCUUGAGCUGCUGCCACACAGAACAUCUGCCUGCAGUCCCUGAUAUGUUGUCAUGUUCUUGGCACAGUGCCUUUGACCUUCCAUGUAUGUGUUGUUCUCUCCAGGGCCUCAUCCUCAAUCUAAGGUGCUAGAGAACAGUGAAAGGUUUAUUUUCCCAACUGUAUCAGGCCAGCCUGGGUUGGUAUUAAGAAGUUUGUUGAUUCUCUCCAGGACCUCCUUUAUAGGUGCCACAUGCUGUGAUUUAUCCACAAACAUGAUUUGCCUGAUUAUUACAGUCUGGGCCUGGAACAAUUUUAAUUAAUGGGAAAAUGGUCCCUCAAUACACCGAUUAGACCUCUUCAGGUACAACAAGAUAAAAGCCUGAUAAUUUGGAUGGAGUGCUCUUCUUAAACGUCUACUCUAGGUACGACAGCCAAUGGAAAAGCUGGCUGUCUUCUGCCUGAUCCAAUGAGUAAUUAAGAGAGGGCUUUUUCUUCCCUACCUCUCCCCUCCUUCCACCCUCUCCCCAGCUAAAGCUUAACAGGUUGGUGGUAUAAUUUGGAGACUUGAAGGGGUGUCACACUAGGAGCUUAGGCAAAGCCAGGGGCACCUUCUCUCCAGCUCCCCAGGUGCUGUCCAGCUGGAGUUGAACAGCAGGCAAGUGAGGAGAGGAAGGAGGUGGAAGCAGGCAAGGUGGGUAACGCUUCUUAGGUAAGUUUGCGAGGGACCAACCGCCAUGAGUGAGCUGGACUCUCAGAAGGCCAGCGACAGCACUGUGUCUCGCCUCCUCAACUUGGUGGAAAGUGAGCUCCAGGCAGGGAGGGAAAAAGGUGACCCUACAGAGAAGCAACUUCAGAUCAUCCUGGAGGAUGCACCUCUCUGGCAGAGGUUCAAGGAAGUCACUAAUGAAAUGAUCGUGACCAAGAAUGGCAGGCGAAUGUUCCCUGUCCUAAAGAUUAGUGUCGCGGGGCUGGACCCCAAUGCCAUGUACUCCCUGUUGCUGGACUUUGUCCCAACGGAUGGUCACCGCUGGAAGUACGUCAAUGGGGAGUGGGUGCCCGCGGGCAAGCCAGAGGUCUCCAACCACAGCUGCGUCUACAUCCACCCGGACUCCCCCAACUUUGGGGCCCACUGGAUGAAAGCUCCCAUCUCCUUCAGCAAAGUGAAGCUGACCAACAAGCUCAACGGGGGUGGGCAGAUAAUGUUGAAUUCUCUGCAUAAGUAUGAGCCCCAGGUUCACAUAGUACGUGUUGGAGGUUCCCACCGAAUGGUGAUGAACUGCUCCUUCCCUGAGACCCAGUUCAUAGCUGUGACAGCCUAUCAGAAUGAGGAGAUAACAGCUCUCAAAAUCAAGUACAACCCUUUUGCCAAAGCCUUCUUGGAUGCCAAAGAAAGAAAUCACCUAAAAGACGUUCCAGAGGCUAUCUCUGAGAGCAAGCAUGUGACCUAUUCUCACUUGGGGGGCUGGAUCUUUUCCAAUCCGGAUGGAGUGUGCACAGCAGGAAACACCAAUUACCAGUAUGCAACUCCCUUGUCUCUGCCUGCUCCCCACUCCCACCAUGGCUGUGAGCAUUAUCCUGGCCUUCGGGGAUGCUGGCAAUCUCCCUACCCUUCAGCCUACGUGCAUAGAAACCAUUCUCCCACAGUGAAUUUGAUAGAAAGCUCAAGCGAUAAUCUGCAAGUUUUCUCGGGACCUGAAAGCUGGACUUCUUUAUCCUCCACACCCCAUGCCAGCAUCCUGUCUGUACCCCACACCAAUGGACCCAUCAAUCCAGGGCCCAGCCCGUACCAGUGCCUGUGGACCAUCAGCAACAGUGGCGGAGGCCCUGCAGGGCCGGGCCCGGAAGUACACGCCAGCUCCCCGGGCACCUUUCUCCUGGGCAACCCAGCUGUGACUUCGCCCCCCUCGGUGCUCUCCACCCAAGCACCCACUUCGGCUGGCGUGGAGGUGCUGGGGGAGCCCUCUCUGACCAGCAUUGCUGUGUCCACCUGGACAGCAGUGGCCUCACAUCCUUUCCCGGGCUGGGGUGGCCCGGGUGGAGGUGGGCGCCAUUCUCCUUCCUCAUUGGACAGUUAGGCAGGACCUUAGGGAAGGGCAUCAGCGGAGAACCUUGUAUGUGUACAGGGCUUAGAAACCCCAUCUACUGAAUUCCAGUGAGUCAGACUGCAGACUGUCCUCAACAAGUGAGCUGGGAGGGGCGCGUGGGUUAUACCAGAAGUCCUCCUGGAAGAUGGUUUAGUUUGGAUGAUGCUAAUUACAGUCAAUUUUCAUUAGUUGAAGAUUUGUGAAUUCCCCUACUCGCUAAGAUUUAUUUGUAACCCUAAAACCAAUACUUACUGAGCUUUUGCAGGCAUUCUCAGAUAUGUGCAGAGCUGUGAAAAGUUUGAGUCACCCUAGGUGCACAUUCCUAGCUGAGGUGGACCAGGGCUGGUUCCGUAUUAGCUAAUUCAAUGUUCUAGAGAACUUUAUAGAAUAUAACUGCCUGUAAUAACGAGAAUCGACUGUGUCACUGGCAUCUCUCCACCAUUUUCGUUUGCACUUCCAUUUUCUCCCCAGACUAUCCAUGCCAUGCUUAGGCAACAAGAGUUCACUGAGUACCUUCCGUGUGCCCCGUUCCUUACAGAUGGUUCCAGAAGGCCUCCUCACUUCCUGUUCUGUGCAGGCGGUGCAAAGCUGUGAAGUGAGCUCCAGGUUUACCUAGCCUAAGGCUACUGCUUCUUACAUCGUGUAGUCCUGGAAUGUAUAUGUGGCCACAGAGCCCAUGUUGGCUUCUGCUUUGAGGCCAAGAGAGGGUGUGAGUCCAAAGAGUGAGGUUAAAAAAAACAAAACAAAACAAAAAAAAACCAGCUAAUCAAAAUUACGCACAGCAGUGUGCAUGGAAUUGAAGAAAUGAGGUCAUGUCACUUCCUUGCUCAGAAACUUUCGAUGGCUCACUAUUGCCUGCAGAAUAAAGUCAAUUCUCCUUACAAUACAGAGAUCCUCUAACACCUAGCCCCAAACCACUGCUUUGGCUGUAGCUCCCUCUAUUACCCCUUUAGCAUCCUAUAUGUCAGUCAAGGCAGACAUCUCUCUGUUUUCUGAACAUUCAUUACACCUUCUCACCUCUACACCUUUACCCAUGCCUAGAGUGUUUUUCUAUCUCUCCAGUCCCACCUGUGUGAAUCCUGCCCAUUUUUCAGGGACUUGCUGAAACGCCACUCCUGUGUUAAACACCUGUUCUCUGCUCCUUCAUUGUUUCUGCUGUUACAGCACUCACCUUAUCUGCCUUGCAUUUUUGUUACCUGUGACAGUGUCUCUCUCCCCACCAGACUAACCUCCGUGGGGGCAAGACCUAGCUUUCUUGUCUUUGUACCCCACAGCACCUGGCACCAUACUAUGCCUUACCUAGAGUAGGAGACCAAUAAAUAUUGCUGAGAUGAAUUGGUGUGAAGUGUAUGUGUACUAAGAGGACAGUAGUGGGGCUAACUGGGUGGCAGAGCUGAGAGGCCCAUGUCCCACGAUAGUUAUCAUGUCAGGAUGGGAGACCAGGAACAUACUGGCAUUGACCCAGGCUCUUCAUCUGAGCUACAACCAGUUCUGAGUGAUCUAGAAUAUAUGGAGACAGGGGUGUGCUAGAGUGAUUAUUCCUAAAUACUGUUCUAUGGGUCCCUUACGCUGGUAUCCCCUGCAGUACCUGUUAGAAAUACAGAUUCCCAGGCACCACCCCAAUCUAUCAGAUAAGCGUUUUUAGGGCUGGAGUCCAGGAAUCUGAAUUUCAAACAAAUGCUCCAGGUGGUGGUUGCAGAGCCAGGUUUGGAAACUCUUUGCCUAGACCAGAAAAAUAGGACGAUAAAUACUCCAGGAACCUCAUUUCGGAUGAGUUUUUACAUCUGCUCUAGCCAAGGUCAUUGCUAUAACCAAUCAGCAAAAUGUCUCAUUUCACUAGCUUUCCUUUUACUUUUCUACCCACCACUGGAUGUGCCAGUGGUGGCACAUGUGAGGUUUUCAGACCCAGGAGGAUGAGCAGUUGUCAAACAUUGACAUCAGAUGGCGCUUAUUGGGACCGUCAUUGAGGGGGUCAUUGAAGUUCCACUUGGAUCCUAGCAGUGGCUCAGCUGCUCCCACCACUAUUCCAUCAGCUGAGCCAGUGCACACCCACUGCCCUCCAAGCCUGCAUCUAUGGGAUCCAAGCAUAGCACUAUUUAGUCCUUGGCUCUUUUGACAGAGAAGGGUCCCUUAACGUGUUGUGGAUAGCACUGCCGGAGAACUUCAGUGUGAACCAGGAUAUUUCUGUGCCAUUCCAGUUUUUGGAUUCAGAUCUCUGGAAACAAUGCCACUGCAGCCAUAUGGUGUCCUGGGAAGCCAUAGCACCCCACUCAGGGUUGCCUGCUGGGAACUACCUGCCACUAACUGGUGUGUGAAUGACCGAGGCACAAUGUACCCACACGACUGUUCUUUGAAAAGCUGCCUCUUCAGUACGUCCCUGAGGCAGGACUGUUCCUCAGCUCCCUGGGCCCUCUGCAAUGCCAUUAGAGACCAUUAAGAUAUUAAUAUAUUAACAUCUCUGCAAGAUGGUAUUUGGUACGUUUUAAAAAGUGGCUAUUUCUCAUUCUGUUAGAGCUUUAGACUAUAGCUGCCUCCACUUGCCCACGAAGGUAGGGCAAAGGCCUCUCCAUCAUUCUAUGCAGCAAUUAGUCAUGCUCCAAGUGCUUAGCAAGUGCACCGAGAUAUGUGAAUGUCUAUCUUUAGUUUCCCCCUUCUUACAUCCUCCUCCCAUCCCCCCAAGAAGACAGAAGACUUGAGCCAGAGACAUAGAACAAAAUAAUCCAAUAGCCUUAAUUCAUCUUCUUUUUAAAAAAUAUUUUUUAUAUUUUGGUGGCAAAAUACACAACCAAACAUACAUCCAUUCACAAUUUCUACAUGAAAAGUUCAAUAACAUUGGUCAUACUUCACCCUGUGUCACCAUUCUCACUGUUUCUACCCAUAUUGUUUCAUCACCAUUAAUUUACGCUCUCUGCCUCUUAAAGUUCCCAUCUGUGCUUUAGAUGAACCGUUGUCAGAUUAAGCUCAUAUAAAUAAUUAUAAGAGCGCUAUGCUCAAGGCAAACAUGUUUUAUUAAUUGGGCUAAACUGUUGUUUAGUUUAAUGAUGGCUUAUUGGGAUAGUUUUAAUCCAAAGUUUAAAGAUUAUUUCUGGGCAUUAGAUUUGGGGUUCUCCCAUUUCAAUGUAUCCAGUAAGCCUGGUUUCCAUUUGAGUUUGAAGUUCUAUACUUUUCCUUUUUUUGAUCAGAAUCCAUCUGUUGGUGCUUGAUCAAAAUGUUCAAUAAUGGUAGCUGAGCACCAGCCAUUUCUUCUGGUCUCAUGGUGAUGAAGUAGUAGUUUACAGAGGCUGUUAAACAUGCAGUCCAUUUCCUUCUUCGACUCCUAGGUCUCCUUCCUCUGCUGUUCCAGGAGAAUAGAGACCAACUUGCAAGCUUUUAAGAUCCCAGAUAACCUUCAGUCUUGUUUCCCUCUAUAUUGCUUAGGUGGUUUGGUCUUCUGCAAGGCCAUCAGAUAAGCAUUAGUUGAGUUUGGGAUGAUUGUGUCUCAUCAGUCUUCUAGGAUGCUCAGCUUGCAUCUGUGAUGAUUUUUAAACAUACAACACGACAGUUGGUUCUACAUAAGCCUCUCUGUUUCAUGUUAGCAACCAGAGCUCUGUACUUUCCAAUCUUUUUUCCAGACAGUUCAGGGCUAAUUUCUGAUUGGUGGAACAACACCAAUUUCGUAAGUCAGUUUAACAAACGACAGAAUAUCUAAUGUGUUAGACAAAUUUUGGAGCCUUUUAUACUGCUACUUUGCCCACGUAUCUUCUUAACCAAGCUCAUUGUAAACAUAAAUGGCUCCACUUCAGAUUUUUAGUCCUACCCACAUGAAAUUUGUCUUGUUAUAGAAAACUUACAUCCCACCUGAAUAAAAAGAGUUAUACAUUCUUUGGUAGACAUUUCAAUUCUCUCUAAAGUCUGGUCAAGCUGGAGGUGUUUCCCCUUGCGGGGCCAUUAUGUGGGUCUCUAUAGCCUCCCCAGCUCUCUCCUCUCUGGGUGAGCCAGCCUUGUCACUCAACACCUCUGCCCACCACACUGAAGCCAGAUGCCUACAGGAGACUGCUGACCCUUCAUGUACUCAUUGGAUGCCUUCUAGAAGUGGGGAGGGGGGAAAGGGAAGUGAAACUAUGACGGGAGGAAAAACACCAAGUUACUAAGAAAAAAAACAAAAAAAGAUAUUUGAAGCCUGGUAGGUGUCUGCUACUCUCCUCUCCCCCAAGACUGGAAUAAAUUUAGGUGAAUAUCAGCAAGUUAAAAUAUCACAUUUAUGAAGAAUAUGAAUUGUUUUAUGGAACUGUGGGGAGCAAAAAGAUGGCUUACCUCCCUGAUGAGUCAGUUUAUUUAACCAAGUGCCUUAAAAGGUGGGCAACUGGGGCAUACAUGUGGAACUUCAUUCAACUCCCUCCCUUCAUUUUCUCCACCCACCACACCUGACUAUCUGCUUGCCGUUGGCUCCUGGCCAGGUUGGUAAACACGAAGAGUCUGGGCAUCAUGGAACAGAGAUUAGGGUUAGGGAUACAUGGUGCUGAAAAAGGCAUAAGGGAAGAGCUAAGGGAAAGCUGCUUCCCUCUUCUAAGGGUUUAGGUUCUCAGGAUCCAGGAUCAUUGGCUGUCUACACCAACAGUAAACAUUAAUGAUGCCAGAGGUCCCUUAUCCAGGCCUCUGCCCUUGUUUGGGCUAUAAGAAGGCUGGGAGGAAACAUAGAAUAGAUACUCAGGGUGCCUGAGGCGGGAGCCUCUUUUUAGCUGCUUUGGUCUUUGAGGUUUUGGGGUAACAGCAUCAGGUGGGAUUAUGUUUGGAUGCAUGUAACAGAAAACUCAAAAUAUAAGUGGCUUAAACAAAGGAAUUUAUUAUCUUAUAUGAAAGAAGUCCAGAUUUGGAUAGGUCAGGGCAUGUGUGAUGGUUCCACCAAGUCAUCAAGGACCUGAUUCUUUUACCUUUCCAUUCCGCCAUUCUCAGCCUUUGGCUUUCAUCCCUUAGGUCACCUCAGACUGGCUGCUAGAGUGUCAGUGAUCAUUCCAGCACAUUCCAGGCUGCAGGAAAGAAAGACGAGGGAAGGGCAAAAAGAAGGCUUACGUUCCAGCUGAGUCAGCUUAUUUAACCAAACUUCUUAGAAGUCCCACACAACACUUGGCCAGAACUUAGUCAAAUGACCACACUUAACUGUACAAGAGUUGAGAAUUGUUUUUUUAAAAAAUUUUUUAUUUAUUUAUUUAUUGUACUUCAGGU